AUGCGUCCUAGCAAUCAAGGCUCGCUGGACAUUGUCCCUGCCAACAUACGGGUUGUUAGAGAAAUAGAUCGUUCCGAUGCAUCUUCAGUGUUUGAGACAGAACUCGAAGGCCGGAAAUAUGCUAUGAAACUUUUUCACGACAACGGGGAUCUAGAAUUUGCCGAGAAUGGUCGAGACCUAAAUCAAUUCCGCUGCGAACUAAAUGCCUAUAUGAAUCUUCGGGAACACGGUGUCUGUGAGAGGGGAUUCGUCCCAUACUUCUACGGCCACAUUGAUCGAAUCGACCCUACCGCGUUCGAUCCAGCUUUUCAACUCGCGCACUAUAAAUAUCACUCUAAAGCAAUACUAAAUUUAAUCUUUGACAAUACGAGUCUUGGAGCCAUUUUCUUGACAAAGAGAGAGGUGAGAGAAUGA